UCCAACUUGAGGAAUUAAAAUCUGCGUUUUAAAACUGUUGUUUGUCUUUAAUUUGCAGCUGGAUUUCUUGGUGAAAGCAUCAGGGCUUUGUGCAGGAAGUGACAGGUUGAAGAUGAAAUUUAGGUGAGCACUUCUUUUUCUUCAACAUACUGGGUACAUUUAAUUUGUAACAAUUUAAUUGGACUGUCAGAUUGGCUAUUUAAUUAAAAUGGUUCCUAUAAUAAGUAAAAAGCUUGAUGCCUUUUUAGAGUUGGUCCAUACAUUAGUGCCAGUUUUAGUAUGUACCGUAGGCCUACUUUCAAAUAAUUAUUCAAGCAGUUUUAAGUGCAUUUUAUUAUAGUUUCUCAUAAUUAAAAUAUGCCGCUAGAAAUAUUUGGUGGAUCAGUGUCACAUUUUUGUACCAAGCUGUGUAGGCCUAAAACAUGUACAUGUUGACUAAAGGCUCAAAGGUGAAUUAAUUUGCAUUGAAUUGAUGCUGAGCUUAAAAUAACACUUCUGAACACUUGAAAUUGCGUCUUUCGAUAAGAAAAAUAAGUCACCCAUUGACUCGUCAACUUUGUAGAUCUUUCCAUGACAGCAGACCAAACAAAACACUUCAGCGUGAACUUCAGUGUUGACUUAGAACAAUUUGGGAAAACCCAGAUGCAUUUCUGUAGGUCUACUGGGACAAAUGUAGUUCAUAUAAUAUCGAUACGCGAUUUGCCACAAUUAAAAACGGCCUUUUAUUUUUGUACUAAGCUAUACAUGUAUUUAGUACCGGUAUGAAAAUAGUCUUAUUAGGACAAGAAACAAUUAUUAAAAGUGCAUAUUUUGUUUCAUUGGGUGUAACCUGCUUGCAUGUGACAGAAUAUCAAAGUCAUCUGUCAAUAACGUGUAAGGUUUUGAGUCCAUACCAUAUAUUGAUAUUAUCGCGAGAUUAAUUUGCAUAAUGUAGUUCCGUCAAGUGGUCAUGAGACUGGUGGGUGUAGCAGCUGCAGUGCUUCAGUGUCAUCUUUGAUGUCUCUGAAUCAACCCGAUUCAAACUUAACUGUAAGUUUUGCUAAGUCAUUUCUUUAGUUUUUGGUUCUUUUUUUGUUUCAUGGGUUAUACUAAACGUUGGGGGUAGCCUAUUUAGAGUUUUGCUGUCACAAGUUACCAAUCUCACUGACUGACGGUCAACUGUGCAUUAGCAGAGCAGUUUCUACCAGUGACUCAAGACCACUUUUUCUCGGUCUCGGUUUUGUUUUGGUCUCAUCCUAUCAGAGUCUCUGUUUCAUCCUAUCAGAGUCUCAAUCUCGAACGGGCUGGUCUCAGUCUUGAAAGUGCUGGUCUCGGUCUCGGUCUCGGUCGCCAAAGUCGCAUGUUUUACCCCUGUGACCCAUCUAGACCACAAAAUGUACCAUCUACGCACAGCUUUAUUCAUGUGCAAGCUGAAUUAGGUGAAAACCUAGUCUUUAUUCCAAACAUAAACAACAUUCUAAGGACAAAUUUUAAUGCUGAAGAAUGAUAUUGAAGCUGGAAUGAAGACCAGUGUGUUACAGCUUUUCAUUCAUUAUUGACAAACAGGACUUCCAUUUGUGGCUGGGUGAUCCAAAGUACCAUGGGCCGUGCACAAUCUAAAGCAGCCUGCCGGACUGCUGUCCCUACCACGAUGCAACAGGAGGCACCGGUACCCACCCCCUCAGCUGCAACAGAUUCCCCAGAACGAACUGGAGCCAUCCGAAAGAUCGGCACAGUCAGUGGUAGCAACAAUCCUACCAUUGUUGGUUCAAAUGUCAACUUCUACAGCUCGCCGUUGGAUGGAGCAGUAGUAUCUCCACAGACUCGGAAACCAGACCAAGAAUCAAGAGUGGGGGAUCUCAACCAAGAAGUCGGUAACAAGACCAGGGACAUUUUGAGGAAAUGGUACAAGACAACAGGUUCUUAUGUUCAGUUUAACCCCGAGGUUCCUGACGAUCAAAGACCCAUUGUUGGCAUUUACACUAAAUUGCGGGUUAGAACAAAGAAAGGUACUGCAGAAGAAGAAUACUCUGAGGAAACUGUAUAUUCCACAGAGUAUGAGAAAAUAUUGAAAGAUUGGCCUGAGACUGGGUUCAAUCGUGCUAUUUUAUUUGGCAUAGGUGGUGUCGGCAAGUCAACCAUUUUUGACAAGAUUGCAUAUGACUGGGCUGAUGAGGCAUGUGAAAUCCUGAAAAGAUUCAAGCUUGUCUUUCUGUUAAAGAUGUGUGCCCUGUUGCAAAAAUCUGAUCUUGUUGAUGCCGUUUUUGAUCAACUUCUAGGUGAAACACCUGAAGUAGCCAAAGAUGAACUUGAUAAAUUCAUUCAGGCUAACUCAAAUAAGGUCUUGAUUCUGUUGGAUGGUUUUGAUGAAAUGAGGACCAAAACACUUGAUGCAGCCUCAUUCGGUUCUAUCCUAAAAGCACUCAAUAGAAAAAAAUACCGAAAAUGUUGCAUCUUUGUCUCAACUCGCCCCUCUCAUUUUGAGACACUGAAGUCACUUGUCCAAAAUCCUUGCACACACAUAGAGGUUCUGGGGUUUACCAAGGAGGAUGUUAAUGAAUACAUUCGGAAAUUCUAUUACAAAGAUCCUAUUAGUGGCAAUGCACUGAUCCAAAGCAUUGAAAAAUCCAACACGCUGCUCGAUUUGUUCACGUAUCCAAUGCUUCUCCUUCUCAUGUGUUUGUUGUGGAGGGAGAAUAAACAACUCCCCAAAACAACUUCACGCCUCUUCACUAAGGCAGUUGAUUACAUGUUCACAAGAAAAGGAUGUAGCUACGAAGAUGCAUCAAAAGCAGUGAUUGCUAUAGGAAAAACUGCACUAAGUAGUUUCAUAAGUGCUGACCACAAUUUCUCAUAUCAAAUUGAUGAGUUUGAACAAAAUGCGCUGCACCUUGCACUGAAAGCGGGCAUCCUAACCCAGCAGAGAGUUAUCAAAAACCUCAAAUGUCACAACAACAUACAAUUCAUGCACAAGACUAUUCAGGAAUUCUGUGCUGGUAAAUACUUGCAAAGUGUACAUAUGUCAAACCAGGGAUUUGUAAAGAGUGAAGUGUACGAAGUUGAACCAUUCAGUGAGUUUCAAAACUAUUUAAAGCAACUUUGUCAGACAAUUGAGGACAUUGUUUCACAUGAUUUCCUUUUACGUUUUUGUUGCGGUGACAAUGAAAAGUGCAUGACUGACAUCGUGAAAUUGCUUGAACAUAAAUUUGAGGAUCGAUAUACAAGUACGUCAAGGUACCAAUCGUCUGUUGCACAAGCGAUUAGUAGACAAUGUUUUUUUGAAAGCCAAGCCAAAAAUGUCCCACAGUGUCUCAACAGCGACUCACUUAUCCCAUCAGCUAUUGAGGUGGAUAACAAUAAUGAUUUCCGCAUUCUCAUAUACCUUCUCGAAAUCAUCUGUAGGUCAGAUGGCUUGAUGGCACAACUGUCACGCGUUGAAACCAUUAAGGUUUCUUCCGUGUCUUUGGUCAGUGGUUUAGCCGUCGCCCUGGGUUACAUGGAAAACCUCUGGUGUCUGACAUUCUGCAAAUGUUCUUCAAUGAAGGGUGAUCUUGAGAAAAUCCUGGCAUCACUGAAAUGCAACCAAGUUUUGACCAAUCUACACAUAGAUGACUGCAAUACAUUGGGAAGUAGAGCUGUAGAAUGGGCCCCUCAUAUCAAACACUUGACAAGCCUUAAGAGACUUGAAGUAAGAUCGUGCAAACUGGAGAGCACAGACAUUGAACACAUUGCCUCAGCUGUACAUGACAUGCCCAAACUGACUUACUUGAGGCUUGACUGCAACCGGACACUGGGCCGAUCCGCUGACUUGUGGGCCAAGGAAUUACCCAGAAUGAUGCACUUAAAUAAGCUGAACCUGAGCUCUUGCAAUUUGACACGGUCAGACAUUCCACACAUUGCCUCAGCUGUAGGUAACAUGCCCAAACUGACUGAGUUGGAACUUAAUGGCAACGACCCAUUGGGUGGAUGUGCUGCAUUGUGGGCCAAGGAAUUGCCCAAAAUGAUGCACUUAAAUAAGCUGGACCUGAACUAUUGCGAUUUGACACAGUCAGAUAUUCCACACAUUGCCUCGGCUGUAGGUGACAUGCCCAGACUGACUGAGUUGGAUCUUUGGGGCAACAAGUCAUUGGGUGGAUGUGCUGUAUUGUGGGCCAAGGAAUUGCCCAAAAUGAUGCACUUAAAUAAGCUGGUCCUGCGCUAUUGCCAUUUGACACAGUCAGACAUUCCACACAUUGCCUCGGCUGUAGGUAACAUGCCCAGACUGACUGACUUGCAUCUUGAUGGCAACGAUCCAUUGGCUGGAUGGGCUGCAUUUUGGGCCAAGGAAUUGCCAAAAAUGAUGCACUUAAAUAAGCUGGACCUGAGCUGGUGCAAUUUGACACGGUCAGACAUUCCACACAUUGCCUCGGCUGUAGGUAACAUGCCCAGACUGACUGACUUGGAUCUUGGUAACAACUGGUCAUUGGGUGGAUGUGCUGCAGUGUGGGCCAAGGAAUUGCCCAAUAUGAUGCACUUAAAUAAGCUGGACCUGUACCAUUGCAAUUUGACACACUCAGACAUUCCACACAUUGCCUCGGCUGUAGGUAACAUGCCCAGACUGACUGACUUGGAUCUUGGUAACAACUGGUCAUUGGGUGGAUGUGCUGCAGUGUGGGCCAAGGAAUUACCCAAUAUGAUGCACUUAAAUAAGCUGAACCUGUACCAUUGCAAUUUGACACACUCAGACAUUCCACACAUUGCCUCGGCUGUAGGUAACAUGCCCAGACUGACUGACUUGGAUCUUGGUAGCAACAAGUCAUUGGGUGGAUGUGCUGCAUUGUGGGCCAAGGAAUUACCCAAUAUGAUGCACUUAAAUAAGCUGAACCUGGGCUGGUGCAAUUUGACACACUCAGACAUUCCACACAUUGCCUCGGCUGUAGGUAACAUGCCCAGCUUGACUAGGUUGAGCCUAUUUCGCAACGAGGCAUUGUAUCGAUUGGAGUUACAGUCCCUCUUCCCAUCACUUAGUGUUGAAUUUUAAUUCUCCCUUGCCAAACCCACUCUUGAAUUACAUGUACUAGGCAUAACAGUAUCAA